UCCGCACUCUGUUCCCCAUGAUCGCCAUGAUCACCCCAGUCUCAUAUCAACUGUGCAAACUCGUAAUCUCUUAAUAUAUCAUCUCGCAGCCAUGGCGCUCACAUCGCUGGCGACAUCCACGUCGCUCUCAUCAUCUGUGCCCUAUGCUCCCCUCACGACGGCCUUUGUCUAUCCGCCAGACUGCCAGACCUUUUGGUACACCAGUAGCGAAAUCAGCACGUCAACUAAUGCAUCCACCAUAUACGAAAUCACCAAAUUGACGCUUCACUACGUCGACGCCAUCUACCACAACAAGACCUCCUGCCAGCCACCUAGUUGGAGCAUAGACGCGACCAGCACAACCAAGCUCUUCUACUACAGUCCCGCCGUGUGCCCACAAAGUUGGACAGCGUACCAGAUAGCCACUAGCCAUCCAUAUGCACAGCUGACGACAGGCUGCUGUUGCAGGAGCGGUUAUACUAUUACUAGCACUCAAGGUCAAUGGGCGAUAGACACUAUGUGCUUUCGCGUGGGAGCUGCACAGGCAUUGGGCGUUAGUACUUCCGCACCUCGAAUGGAUUCGGGAGUCCAUCAGUUCAUAUACAUGACUGCGGGCAUCGUCACCCAAUAUCACACACCGUUUCAUAUCUCCUGGGAAAAGAAAGACGUGGCCAGCCUUACACCAGCACCUCCUGUACCUAAUUGCACGCCAUUCACCAUAUCAUCGUGGGACCCAGCAAAUCCAAACGCGGCGAUUAGCUGCCCUAACGCUGUACCCACUAGAAGUGACCCUCCCGCCCCGUCAGACGGCCUAUCUACACAAAGUAAAGUCACUAUUGCAGUGACAGUUGGUGCUCUUGGGUUUAUGGUCAUGGCGGCACUACUCUUCUUUCGACUUAACUUGUCUCCGCGGACAGACGUUGAACUGCAACCCCUGGGACGCGGCCGUACUCUUGUUACUCGGCCCGGGGUUGAGAGGCGUAGCUCGACGGAGAAUCAGGACGGGGACGAUGAGCUACCCAAGUAUGCAGAUGCAUUGCGGACGGCACCAGUUGAUCCGGAGUUGCAGCCGCCCAUGUAUGCGACUCCUAGGCCGGGAACACCAAAUCCAGAGCAUUCGCCAGAGCGGACGACAGCAUCUAAUAACGAACUGGAACAACGAGAGGCAGUGCCAAGUAAUACGACGCGGCGCGGUGAUGGGCAAGUUUGAAAGUGCAAAUGUCUAUUUGUAAUAUUUGUUUUUCUGAGUGUACAAUAACUAGUAAAGUAUAUACCCCUGAUAAGAAACUGAAUUUGAAACAUGGAUAAAGAUACUAAAGAAAAAAAUAAAUCAUCAUGUCAUGAAAAGGGGACAUCCAAUUUAUUUAGGAGCCCAGCCGACCUGCUUCUUGCCAGCGUCAAAGACGACAUAGGCAGCCUUGAGGGCAACAUCGCCAAAGAUGGCCAGAGGAAUGUCGUCCAUGGGCUGGAUGCCACCGAAGCACUGGCUGCCGCUGGCAGGUGCGUAGUUGAUGAGCGAGCCCGGAACGGUAAUGCUGCCCUUGCCAACAGUGAAGGUGAAGUCAGGGAGCUUGGUGUUGCAGUCAAAGAUGUAACCGCCCUGCUGCUGGUCAAGAGUAGCGCCGCUGACAGACUUGUAGUAAGCACCGACGACUUGAGAGUUGGCGAGCAAAAGAGUGGUGCCGGUGUCGGCAAUGGCGUUGAAGGUCUGGCUGUCGCCAGCGGUGGUCUCGAACUGCCAGAAGCCCUGAGAGUCGUCGACUGGAGCGUACAGGAUCUCUUUGGCGGCGGAAGGAACGGCGCCAAAGAUGUAGCUUCCAGGCUCGUUGUGCUUGAGGUCAGCAGUGAAGACGGGAGCAUCGAGGGAGCUGGCAAUGUUGUCGAACCAGGUCUUCUGCUUGGUGGGCUUGACAGUGUUGAUGCUGCUAAAGGCGAGACCGAGGAGACCGUCGUUGGCGCCCUGAGCAAACUGGGUCGAGACCUUCUUGGCAGCCUCGACAGCCUGGGACUGGACAGAAAGACCACCGAGAGUCACUACAUCCUGGUAGACAUCUCCAGAGGAGGAGGAAUGGUCGCCAUAAGUGAUGCUCCAAGUGGCUCCAGACACCUUCUUGGCCGAUGUGCUCUUCUCGAUAUCGUAGAUGCUAUGGCUGCCGGCAUCCGUCUUGUCGGUCUCCGAGGAGAAGACCCAGAGAUCAGAGCUACCGGUGUCAAAGUCCAAGUUCAGGGUCUGGGGAGGGGUACCGAUCUGAACGGGAACAAGGUACUCCAGAUCGCCAUGGUCGGGGGUGGCGGUUGCAGUGCCAGUGCCAUUGCCACUGCGGCGGACUGAGUGGCCAUUGAUGCUGUUGAGGAAAGCAGCGCGGGUCUCGGCAGCCUUGGCCAGAUGGUCAGGAACUGGAGCACCGUACUUGGCAUAGGCGCGGGCAAGGGCCAAGGGGCCGUUGCGGCCGGAAAAGUUCUCGUUGACGGUGCGCUUGACCUCAAAAGAGCGAGGGCUCUCAGCGGUGGGUGCGCCAGCAGCAAGAGAAGCCGACAGGACAGCAACGAGGAAGCUUCCAAAGGUAUUGUUGAAUUGCAUGGUGAAGUAUAUAUGUAGGGAAAAUAUAGACAAGAGUGUAUAUAUGUAUGUACUGAUUGAAGAGAAGGUGUUUUGUGAGUGAGAGUGUGUGUGAGUGAUGGUCUAGAUCUCUCCAAACUCCAGAGGGGAAGUGGCUUCUAUUUAACUUCCAAGGACACACGUUGAUCUGUGCUCAGUGCCACUUGAUCAGUGCCGAGAGAUGGAGAUGUCGGCAAGCGGCAACGGUUGAAGAUUGGAGGCGUGCGGCGGCGAUGCAACCAAUGUGACUAUCUGAAGUUGGGCAGGUGUCGGGCCUAUCACACGAAAGAAGAAGGUCGGGAUGGCAAAAAUAAGGAUAGACAAGAUCAUCCUCAUGCGAUACGUGCGACGGCGGACCCGAGUUGCGUGUCUUGAGAACGGAGCUCAGCUGCCUGCCUGACUGGCUGGCUGCCAUGGAGCACAACAUGGCUAGUGAACAUGCUUGGUUCGUUCGUGACUCGAUAAGGGGACAGAGACAGGGUAUGCAUGUGAGAGAGCUUAUUCGUCCGCUCAUCCCAUGAGCGAGACACGCAUAGCAUGGCGCAAUUCGGUCCCAUUUAGUGUGUUUCCCCUUUACGAUUUCGGUGCGCGUGGAUGUCUCUGUCUGUUCGUAGCUUGGCGAUCGCAGUGGUGCCGAUCGCCGUAAGCGUCAAACGGCCUGGCGAAUGACUAUGGGCAAAAGCAGAUGAUUUGGGGGGUUGAACUUUAUGCGUCGGACCAACCAGAUUUCGCCAUCCCCGUACCUUGCGUAUUAUUGGGUUGUGUUAAUGCGCUUGCCCGCCGCAUUGGCCACAAAGAGGACGGAGAGCAAUGCCUGUUUGGGCAAUGGGACAUUGUCAGGGGCGCUGUAUCAGAAUCGGUCAGGCCAAUAAAGUGCAACGCUGGGAAACCUUGCCCGGGGCAGGCGUCCCCAUUUUGCCUUUUCACGGCACGUCAUUGGUCACGAUUCUGCCUCACAGGCCAAGCCCUUUGGCGCCGAUCUUGACAGCUUCUGCGGGCGUUGUAUCGCCAAAAGUGCCUCGCUGGGGGAUGCAAUUCCUGCAGCAGAGAAGAUCUUGUCGAAAUCCAUUCGGUCGCACUCCGCUAGCUUCUCUACCUGUUACAGCACAUUCUUCUUUGGGAUAAAAAUCUAUGUAGCCAGACGGACUUUUGGCGAGCUGGUGACUAUCCGAAUAAAGUUUCAGUGCACGAGCACCUGGCUAUGCGGGGCCGUGUUUCCAAAAGUCUCUUGAAGAAUUGGCUUGUGAUGAUUGAUGACGACGAUAAUGCCGAAUAGGGAAGUGCGUCUAAAUGUAAGGCAGGAUUUACAAUAAGUUCGCUUGAAGUCGG